UUCUCCGUGUUCACAACGACAUCUAAAAGCAUGACCAUGCGUUGGACGGCACAUACUGACGCCACCUCCUACAAGAUCACAGCAACACCAAAAAAUUUUACCGGGCGUUCGUUUUCCGCGCUGUUUGACGGUGACUCGCUGAUGGGUUCGGUCAAUUCUCUGUCCCCGAACACUGUAUACACCGUGCGAUUAGACGCCAUGGAUGACGCUUUCAAUGUACUGAGCAGUGCAGAGACUGAGGAGACAACAGCUCCUGAGGUGCCGAGCAUUGUCCAAGCCUACUCCAAGCACAGUGACAGCAUCACAGUGGAGUUCACAGAAGUUGCCGGGGCAACCGGCUACACUAUCAGAGCAGGAUUACAGAGUGCUGAGUUCUUCUCAGAAACCACAGUCGACAGUUCCCCAGCCACAGUGGUUGGACUUCAGCCCUACACAGACUACAGACUGAGCGUCAUCUCUAUCAACUUGGGACGGCGGAGCCAACCAUCGUACCCCAUCAAGGCCAGAACAGUGGUGACGGCGCCCGAUUUGAAGACCGCUUCCCCUGAUGACGACACCAUACUGGUCACGUGGACCCCCGUCAAGCACGCCGUCCUUUACGCACUCUGCAUCAUCCGGCAGGGCUCGAGUUCACGUCUCAAGGUCGACACCGCUGACCGCAACGUGACCUUUAGUGACCUCGAGGCCGGGACAACUUACUGCAUCAAGGGCGAAGCCCGGGACGCUGAAGGUCGUGCUGGUGAUGACCUCACCGUGUGUCAGAUUACACGUCCUCGAAGCCCCGAUUUGAUCCACAUCCAGCUGAUUCAGGGUGGCACCCUCAGCAUGGCUGUGUUUUGGGAGUCAGCGCAAGAAGAUGAGGACUACCUGGCUUGGACCAACAACGGCCAAAACUGUACAAACACAGCCAAUAACCACUGUUACAUCAGUACGCUUGGAUGCGGUCAGAAUGACUCGGUCUCUGUCAAAGCAUUCAACUCAGCUGGGCCGAGUUUCCCAUCACAACCAGUUGACUUCAUUACAUACCCGUGUCCCCCCGACAACAUUUGGGUGGAGGAAGCCAAAGCAGACGUCUGCUCGGUAACGUGGGACGAGGUACCCUUAGUGGAAUUCUACAUGGCAUUUAUAAAGAGGGACGACGGCACUGAGGACUUGUGCAACACCACCGGAACCAGCUGCAAUUUUCUUUGCGUUUGUGGUUAUACCUACCUCAUCAGUGUCUUCCCCUACAAUCGAGCUGGCGCCAAUCCUUUUGCGAAUGUACAGAACUACACAACCGUUCCAUGCUGCCCAAAUGCUGUUUCCUUAAAAUGGGCUUCUACAGAAACCCUGGAGAUCACAUGGUCACUGGUCAAAGGGUCCGAGCUUUACCAAACAACAGCGAAGCAAGCUGAUGACGUCGUACGCUGUAAUGACACGGCGCCGGUGUGCGCGUUGUCAGAUUUGAGGUGCAACAAAGUUUAUUCCGUCGUGGUGACAGCGUGUAGUGAGCUACGAGGGUGCAACCGCACUUGCCCGACACACACACAUGAAACAGCCCCAUGUUCUCCAGAGAUACAGAACUUGACACAAUUCAACCACUCCUCGUACCGAGUCCAUUUUACCACUCCAAACACCCAAAACACAGAUUAUACCAUCACAGCCGUCGGCCGCUACGAUUCCCACACUUGCCACGGAAGAAUCACCUACUGCGCGCUAACGCAAUUACCGUGUGGUUCGACGUACGAGGUCACAGCCGUGGCUGUUACAACCGCAGGACGGAGUCUGCCCGGAUACAGUACCAUUUUAGAAACAGGUCCUUGCUGUCCGGAUUCUGUAAACGUGAGGCAAGUCACGCAGUCCAUGACCAACGUGACCUGGUCGGUUGCCCGCGGCACUCGUUCCUUCGUCGCCGCGCUGACUUCACAGCACGGACACGCCAAGUGCCACACUAUGGACACCCAUUGCUUGAUGGGAUGUAUCAGCUGCGGUACCAACUACAGCGUCACCCUGGAGGCCAUCAGCAACACCGGACACGCGUCCCAGUGCAAAUACCAUGGAUUCUCAUCCAGUGCUUGCUGCCCGACAAAUAUCAAACUUUAUCGCUGGGCCAACAACUCCAUUCGGGUGUGCUGGCGCUCCUCUCGGACGCCUCCAAACCAGGAGUACACGGUAGAACUCUACGGGACUACCGGCAACUACACCUGCCACACCGCUCCCGAUGGCAAAAACUGCAACAUCCAGGAGGAAAGCUGUGGGGACGUCUACACAGUGAUGGUGGCGCCGAUCGGACCUGAUGGCGUUAAAGUCGACUUUUGUCAGCAGCGGACGUACUCAGUUCCCUGUCCAGGAUUUAACAGCGGCAUUGUGAUCUCUCGUGGAAGAAGCAUAAAAUAA